CUACAAGCAAAAUUUGCUGCAGACUGCCCUUAUGCAUACUAUGUCCAUUGUUUUGCUCACCAAUUACAAUUGGCUCUGGUUGCUGCAUCCAAAGAAGUACCUGAGGUUCAGAAUUUUUUUGAACAUCUUUCUUUUGUUGUCAAUACUGUUGUGUCUUCUAGUAAGAGAAAUGAUGACCUUCAUGCCAAUCAAGUAGCUGAAAUGGAACUUUUGGCUGAACUUAAUGAGCUUGAAACUGGAAGGGGAGCUAAUCAAAUUGGGACUUUAAAGCGGUCUGGUGAUACUAGAUGGAGCUCACAUUAUGAUUCUGUGUGCAGCCUAAUAAAAUUGUAUAAACCCACAUUCUUGGUCCUCAAGGACAUUGCUAAUACUAAAGGUCCAGGAACUUCACAAACAGUAAGAGGGAAGGCUGCUGGUGCUGUUACAUUGAUGAUGUCAUUUGACUUUGUAUUUAUUUUGCAUCUUAUGAAAGAACUGAUGGGAAUCACAGAUUUGCUUUGCAAGAAGUUACAGCACAAGUCUCAAGAUAUUGUGAAUGCUAUGGAUGAUGUCGCCACCACAAAGAAGUUGCUUCAAAACUUGAGAGAGCAUGGUUGGGACAAUCUAAUUAGUGAUGUGAUAUCUUUUUGCAUGAAACAUGGAAUUGCUUAUCCAAACAUGGAAGACUUCUAUGCAGACUUCAUUCGAUCUCGUGCAGCUAAUGAGACUACAGUUGAGCAUCACUAUAGAUAUGAUGUUUUUACAGUUGUAAUUGAUCAACAGGCACAAGAAUUGAAUUGCAGGUUUAGCGAACAAGCAACAGAGCUUCUCAUGUUGUGUACUUCUUUGGAUCCUAGGGAUUCAUUCAGUUUAUUCAACAUUGAUAAUGUGUGCAGUCUAGCUUCAAAGCUCUAUCCCGCUGACUUUUCGGAGCAAGAAAGAAGAACCUUGAGAUGUCAGUUACGGCAUUAUGAGCAUGAUGUACCUACUAAUCCAAAGUUUCAGAAUUUGACAAGUAUAUCUGAUCUCUGUCGGCGACUUAUAGAAACUAAGAAGGCAGAAGAUUAUUAUUUGAUUGAUAGAUUGAUUCGUCUUGUUCUUACUCUACCUGUUUCUACUGCAACGACAGAGCGUGCAUUUUCAGCAAUGAAACUUCUCAAGACAAGACUUCGCAACAAAAUGGAAGAUGAAUUUCUAAGGGAUUGCAUGUUAAUCUAUAUUGAGAGGGAGAUUGCUAUUAAGUUCACGACAAAUGCAAUUAUUGAUGAUCUCUAUGCGAAGAAGAACCGUAAAGUUCGACUAAAAUGAAAUCGUUUGUUUUCACUAACCCACCUUUUUGUAAAGUGUAGCUAGCUUUUGUAAUAUGGUUCCUGGCUGCAUGAAUGAACAAUGAAAAUUUGGUGUCAACUGUAAGUACACCUAAUCAUUGUAUUCUCCAUAUCCAAUGAAUAUAUGUUGACUUAGCCU